UUUUGGCUUAGAUCUCUCUUCAAAAUAUAACUAAUUGUUGAUCUAUUUUGAAUUAUGAAUAAUCCUUAUUUGUAUGUAUGAGAUGAACUGAAUUGCACUAGUUAUCUGUGUGUCAAAAGUGUUUUAGAGGGGGGAAAUGAGGAUCUUUUCAUUCCAGAGAAAAAUCAGGGAGUGUGUUCAGUGAUGUUUUCCCAUCAGAGCUUGCGAGAUGGAACAGAAAAUCUGUCAAAUCUCAUUGCUAGUCAUUGAAAUCUGCAAAAGGAAUCAGUAUUUUGCUAUUUGCAUGCGUUCAGAUGGAUAUUCUUGAAAGCUUGUUGCUGUUGAGGGCAUGCAAAAUGUCUUGCGUCAGGCUGAAAAACUGAAUGUGCUGAUUUGCAUGCACAUGUUAGCGUUUUGUGUGUCUAUGUGUGUGUGUUUGUGUAUAAUAUGCAGCUCACGCUAACCCAGCGAUACGAUGCCUCUGUUGAGAGAUCUUCGGAAAAAAGAUGACAUCAAUGCCGUUUAUGAGCUGAAAGAGAAACUGGGAGAGGGCUCGUUCUCUGAGGUUCGAGUGGCUCAGCACAGAUGCACCCAGAAGCUGGUGGCUGUCAAGUGCAUCCGGAAGAGAGCGCUAAAGGGAAAAGAAUCCAUGCUGGAGAAUGAGGUUGCGGUAUUACGCAGAAUAAAUCACGAAAAUAUUGUGUCCCUGGAGGAAACCUUUGAGACUCCUACUAAACUGUAUUUGGUAAUGACACUGCUGACAGGAGGUGAGCUGCUGAACAGGAUUCUGGAGAGAGGCAGUUACACAGAGAAAGAUGCCAGUCGGGUCAUUUACCAGGUGCUGCAAGCCGUGAAGUAUCUGCAUCAGCUGGGCGUCGUGCAUCGCGAUCUAAAGCCUGAGAAUUUAAUAUUUGAGACUCCAUUAGAAGACUCCAAAAUUGUCAUCAGUGACUUUGGCCUGUCUAAAAUGGAAGAGCAGGGGGCUCUGUCCACCGCAUGUGGGACUCCAGCAUAUGUCGCUCCUGAACUUCUACAGCAGAAGACAUACGGUAAAGAGGUGGAUCUCUGGGCCAUUGGAGUGAUUACGUUCAUUCUACUCUGCGGGUAUCCUCCUUUCUACGAUGACAAUGACACACAACUUUACAAGCUCAUCAUAAAGGCUGAAUAUGAAUUCGACUCUCCAUACUGGAAUGACAUCUCUGACUCCGCGAAAGACUUCAUAGUUCACUUACUGCAGAAGGAUCCAGCGAAGAGGUUCAAUUGUGAGCAGGCCUCGCAGCAUCCUUGGAUAUCAGGAGGUGCGGCUCUGGACAGGAACAUUCAUGGCUCGGUUUCAGCACAGAUUCAGAAGAACUUUGCCAAGAGUCACUGGAAGAGGGCCUUUAAUGCCACUAUUAUUGUGCAUCAUUUAACCAAAAAAGCCCACCCUGGAGAAGAUGAUGAAGGGAAUCAAUCCACAAGUAUAGGGAACAUUUGACAGUCACUGGCAGCCAACAAUGAGUCGGCUACAGGAAAAGUUCAUCAAAUAUGAAAACUGCAUCAUUUAUUCACCCUCAUGUUGUUCUAAACCUCGAUAAUUCUGUUAAGAAAACACAAAAAGAGUGGGUAUGGGUGAAGCAAUUGUUGCUUAAACACUGAAAUGAGCAGUGUGCAGGUUCUGUGAAGAUCAUCAUAAGUUCAAUUAACAUGACAGUGUUUAUAUUUAAUGAAGUUUUCAUAGUAAUGUCAUACAGAAACUCUUGAAAAAGCUUACAUGUCUUAUAGGAACCAUUUUUUCUUACUGUGAAGAACAUUUGAAUAACCUAACUUUAAUAAUUUGAGCAAUUUGAUAGGCUGCAUGGUGGCGCAGUGGGUAGCCUAAUCGCCUCGCAGCAAGAAGGUCGGUAGUUAGAGGCUUGGGCCAGUUGGCAUUUCU